AUGGCGCCUUCUCUGCGAACCCUCGCCCGGCCGCGUCCGCCAGGGAUGCUGCUGCUCCGCGCGCUCCUGCUGCUCCUCGGCUCAGUUCCAGGAGUGUGGUGCUUUAGCGAACUGUUUUUUAUAAAAGAACCACAGGAUGUAACUGUCACAAGAAAGGACGCAGUCUUGUUAGAUUGCCAGGCUCAUGGAGAAAUUCCAAUUAAGGUCACAUGGUUGAAAAAUGGAGCAAAAGUGUCUGAAAAUAAACGGAUCCAGGUUCUGUCUAACGACUCUUUAUACAUCAGUGAGGUGGAAGGCAAGCGGGGAGAGCAGUCUGAUGAAGGAUUUUAUCAGUGUUUGGCAAUGAACAAAUACGGAGCCAUUCUUAGUCAAAAAGCUCAUCUUACCUUAUCAACUAUUUCUGCAUUUGAAGUUCAGCCAGUUUCUACUGAGGUCCAAGAAGGUGGAAUUGCUAGAUUUGCAUGCAAGAUUUCAUCAAACCCUCCUGCAAUUAUAACAUGGGAAUUAAAUCGAACAACUCUACCUAUAACUAUGGACAGGAUAACUACCCUACCAACAGGAGUAUUGCAGAUCUAUGAUGUUGGCCCAAGGGAUGCUGGAAAUUAUCGUUGUGUUGCUGCUACUGUAGCCCACAGGCGUAAAAGUAUGGAAGCCUCUCUAACAGUGACUCCAGCCAAGGAAUCUAAAUCCUUCCACACACCAACCAUUAUAGCAGGUCCACAGAACGUAACGACAUCUCUUCAUCAGACUGUUGUUUUGGAAUGCAUGGCCACAGGAAAUCCCAAACCGAUCAUUUCUUGGAGCCGUCUUGAUCACAAGUCCAUUGAUGUCUUUAAUACUCGGGUACUUGGAAAUGGUAAUCUCAUGAUAUCUGAUGUCAAGCUGCAACAUGCUGGAGUAUAUGUUUGUCGGGCCACUAUCCCAGGCACACGAAACUUUACAGUUGCCAUGGCAACUUUAACUGUGUUAGCUCCUCCUUUAUUUGUUGAAUGGCCAGAAAGUUUAACGAGGCCUCGAGCUGGCACUGCUCGAUUUGUAUGUCAGGCUGAAGGAAUCCCCUCACCCAAAAUGUCAUGGUUGAAAAAUGGAAGAAAGAUACAUUCAAAUGGUAGAAUUAAAAUGUACAACAGUAAAUUGGUAAUUAACCAGAUUAUUCCUGAAGAUGAUGCUAUUUAUCAGUGCAUGGCUGAGAACAGUCAAGGAUCUAUUUUAUCUAGAGCCAGACUGACUGUAGUAAUGUCAGAAGACCGACCCAGCGCUCCCUAUAAUGUGCAUGCUGAAACCAUGUCAAGUUCAGCCAUCCUUUUAGCUUGGGAGAGGCCACUUUAUAAUUCAGACAAAGUUAUCGCUUAUUCUGUGCACUACAUGAAAGCAGAAGGUUUAAAUAAUGAAGAGUAUCAAGUAGUCAUCGGAAAUGACACAACUCAUUAUAUUAUCGAUGACUUAGAACCUGCCAGCAAUUAUACUUUCUACAUUGUGGCAUAUAUGCCAAUGGGAGCCAGCCAGAUGUCUGACCAUGUGACACAGAAUACCUUAGAGGAUGUUCCUCUGAGACCUCCUGAAAUUAGUUUGACAAGUCGAAGUCCCACUGAUAUCCUCAUCUCCUGGCUGCCAAUCCCAGCUAAAUAUCGGAGGGGCCAAGUGGUUCUCUAUCGUCUGUCGUUCCGCCUAAGCACUGAGAACUCCAUCCAAGUUCUGGAGCUCCCGGGGACCACGCAUGAGUAUCUUUUGAAAGGUCUGAAACCUGAUAGUGUCUACCUGGUGCGGAUUACUGCGGCUACCAGAGUGGGUCUGGGAGAGUCAUCAGUAUGGACUUCGCAUAGGACACCCAAAGCUACAAGCGUGCAAGCCCCUAAGUCUCCAGAGUUGCAUCUGGAGCCUCUGAACUGCACCACCAUUUCUGUGAAGUGGCAGCGGGAUGCGGAGGACACCGCAGACAUCCAGGGCUAUAAGCUCUACUACAAAGAGGAAGGGCAGCAGGAGAACGGACCCGUUCUCUUAGACGCCAGUGACCUUCUCUACACGCUCAGUGGUUUAGACCCCAGAAGAAAAUACCAUGUGAGGCUGCUGGCUUACAAUAACAUAGAAGAUGGUUACCAGGCAGAUCAGACAGUCAGCACCCCAGGAUGCGUGUCUGUUCGUGAUCGCAUGGUUCCUCCUCCACCACCGCCCCACCAUCUCUAUGCGAAGGCUAACACCUCAUCUUCCAUCUUCCUGCACUGGAGGAGGCCUGCGUUCACUACUGCACAAAUAAUUAACUACACCAUUCGCUGUAACCCUGUCGGCCUGCAGAAUGCUUCUUUGGUUCUGUAUCUUCAAACAUCAGAAACUCACAUGUUGGUUCAAGGCCUAGAACCAAACACCAAAUAUGAAUUUGCUGUUCGGUUGCAUGUGGAUCAACUUUCUAGUCCCUGGAGCCCCGUCGUCUAUCAUUCUACACUUCCAGAAGCACCAGCAGGCCCACCAGUUGGAGUAAAGGUGACACUGAUAGAGGAUGACACCGCUCUGGUCUCUUGGAAACCCCCCGAUGGCCCAGAGACAGUGGUGACACGCUAUACUAUCUUAUAUGCAUCAAGGAAGGCCUGGAUUGCAGGAGAGUGGCAGGUCCUACACCGAGAAGGGGCAAUAACCAUGGCUUUGUUGGAAAACCUGGUGGCAGGGAAUGUCUACAUUGUCAAGAUAUCUGCAUCCAAUGAAGUGGGAGAAGGACCCUUUUCGAAUUCUGUAGAGCUGGCAGUGCUUCCAAAAGAAACUUCAGAAUCAAAUCAGAGGCCCACGCGUUUAGAUUCUGCAGAUGCCAAAGUUUAUUCAGGAUAUUACCAUCUGGACCAAAAAUCAAUGACUGGCAUCGCUGUAGGAGUUGGCAUAGCCUUGACCUGCAUCCUCAUCUGUGUUCUCAUCUUGAUAUACCGAAGUAAAGCCAGGAAAUCAUCUUCUUCCAAGACGGCACAGAAUGGAACUCAACCAUUAUCUCGUACCAGUGCCUCCCUAGCCAGUGGACAUGAAGGAGGAAAGAACCUGGAAGAGACUGUAGAAAAUGAAGACUCUUUAAUGCCAAUGAUGAUGCCCAACAGCUUCAUUGAUGCAAAGGGAGGAACUGACCUGAUAAUUAAUAGCUAUGGUCCUGUGAUUAAAAACAACUCCAAGAAAAAAUGGCAUUUUUUCCAAGAUUCUAAGAAGAUAAGAGUUGAGCAGCCUCAAAGAAGAUUUACUCAAUCGGUCUGCUUUUACCAGCCAGGCACGACUGUACUAAUUAGCGAUGAAGACUCCCCCAGUUCCCCAGGGCAGACAACCAGCUUCCCAAGGCCCUUUGGUGUUGCAGCUGAUACUGAACAUUCAGCCAAUAGUGAAGGCAGCCACGAGACCGGGGAUUCUGGAAGGUUCUCCCAUGAGUCCAAUGAUGAGAUACACCUGUCUUCCGUUAUAAGUACCACUCCCCUGACCUCCGAUUCCUUCCCUGGCAAUGAUUCAGGUGGAGAUCCCUUGAAGAGGAAGUGUCAAGACCCUGCAGUGUCCUCAGAUGCUGAGCAAACUUCCUCUUCCGUUCUGCAGCCACCAUCUGCCAUGCUAAGCUUUGAUAAAAAUGAUUUUCCAAUCUAG